GACACCAAAGUCUCUCUACAAUGCAGCAUCAUAUGCAAAGUAUCUUCUACAUGGUCUCAUACAAGGUUGUCAUAUUUCACUCAGAUACAGUGUUAUCCUUUUGACUGGGGAAAUAUAUAUAUACAUGAGAUAUGGCAUCUGAGCUCUGCCUCAGUCUCACCAAGUACUUCCUGUUUCUCUUCAAUCUAAUCUUUUUUCUGCUGGGUUUGUCCCUCUUGGGGUUGGGUUUCUGGAUAAUAUUUUCAGAGUCAAGUUUUCUAAUUCCUGCUCCUGGCUACCUAUCUCUGUCUCUCUUCUCCUAUCUGCUGGUCAUUAGUGGAUCUGUCACCUUGGUACUGGGCUUCUUCGGGAGCCUCGGUGCUCUGAAGGAGGCCAAAUGCAUGCUGGCAACUUAUUUUAUCCUGCUCAACGUGCUUCUUGCAGCUCAGAUAAUUGGCACAGUUCUGCUCUUCACACAAAGAAGUGUGUUUGAGAGUAAACUGGAGGGUCAUGUUCUUGGACUUAUUGACUCAUUUGAGAAGAAUGAUUCAAGUCUGCAGCCUUUCAAAGAAUCUCUAGAAUUCCUUCAAAGUCAUGCCCACUGCUGUGGCUGGAAUGGUAAAGAUGACUGGAUCGUACCCCCCUGCUCGUGUUACUAUCAAAAUUCUACAGUUAAUGUCACUGCUGAAAGCUUGAACAGCUGCUGUGAAUUAUUCUCAAAUUACACAUGUGUGGUGUAUGAACAGAACUGCAAACACAUGAUUAAAGUCUGGCUUGACACGCAUAUUAUGAUCAUAUUUGGAGUCGUAAUUGCUCUAGCUGUUGUGGAGAUAUGUGGUACCAUCCUUUCGAUGUAUCUGUAUAACUGGGCUUCCAUGGAUUAGUGGUACUCAGGAAGAACAUCAGCUACCAGUUUUCUGUAUUGCGUAUUCUUACAUAAAGUUCUUCUUCUUUUUUCAGCAGUAUUGUUUUCUGUAAAUAGAAGCAGUGGUAGUUCAUUUUAUAACCCAAAAUCAUUACUUGUGACUGUACAUUAUAUUCCUGUGGUUCUUAUAUGUAAUUUUUCAAAUUCAAUUUAUUUGUAUAAUGCUUUUAACAAUUCCUAUUGUCUCAAAGAAGCUUUAUAGAAGUAUAAAAACAAAAGAGAGGAAAAAGUAUAUGUAUAUGUAUAAGAAGAAAAAAAAUAAAAGAAUAAAAAUAAUAGAAUUGUGAUGUUAAUUAAUAAUAAAUUCAAAUAAAAGUGGCAUGUUAUUUA